GUUGUUGAUAAGCUUAAAUUAAAGUUGCCAACUGAAGAAACCUGAAAAUAUGGGAAGGCAAACAUGGCCUUACUUCUCAAGAUUGUUAUGGUUUCUGGCUUUGUCUUCUCUUGUUUUCUCCUAUGGACUCAAUGAUACUCUUACCUUCAACCAAACCCUCAAAGAUGGGGAGUUCUUAACCUCAAAUGCGGGAUCUUUUGUUCUUGGAUUCUUCUCCCCUGAAAAUUCUUCCGGCAAACGGUACGUCGGAAUUUGGUUCAAGAAAAUCCCAGAACAAACCGUCGUUUGGGUGGCCAACAGAAACAGCCCCGUCAACGGAACAACCGGAAUCCUCUUCAUCGACGUCGCCGGAAAUCUAGUCGUGAAAGACAACAAAACCGAUGCUUCCGUCUGGAACACGAGUCUUUCUUUCCCGGCCACCGGAAAAAACGUUUACUCUGCUCUUUUACAGGACACCGGGAAUCUAGUCCUGUAUAGCGAUCCGGAUAGACGAGUUAAUGCAUGGCAGAGUUUCGACUACCCGACCCAUAUUAUCCUUCCUCACAUGAAAUUCGGGGCCGACAAGAAAACCGGGUUGAACAGGUAUCUUACGUCGUGGAAGUCGCCGGCAGAUCCGGGGUUGGGUCAGUAUCAAUUCAAAAUGGAUCUUAACGGGACGCCCCAGAUUUUUCUCUACAGUGGGUCCGACCCGGUAUGGAGAACCGGCCCAUGGAGCGGAGUCGGGUGGAGCGGCAUACCCGAGAUGUCCCCAAAUUACAUCUUCAACCUCGACUACACAGAAAACGACGACGAGGUCACCAUGAGUUACUGGAUCCGAGACCCGUCCAUACAUUCCAUAUUCGUUUUGAACGAAUCGGGUACGGUGAAUAGGCUGACUUGGCAAGGAGACGGUGUGAACAAAUGGGUCGGGUUCUGGUCCGCACCGAAAGACCGAUGCGAUGCAUACGAUCACUGCGGUGCGUUCAGCAAUUGCAACACCGACAACCCGGGCGUGUUUGAGUGCAGUUGCCUUCCCGGAUUCCGGCCGACGUCCAGCCGGGAAUGGUACCUGAGAGACGGCGACCGCGGCUGCCGGAGGAACAACACGGAGGUUUGCGGUAAGGGGGAAGGGUUCCGGCAGAUGGCGCUCGUGAAAAUCCCAGACACGCAAACGGCGCGUGUGAACAGGAGCGUGGGGCUGAAAGAUUGUGAAGAGAUUUGCUUGAAGAACUGUUCUUGCAGUGGGUAUGCAAGUGCUAAUAUUAGUGAGGGAGGGAGUGGGUGCAUCACUUGGUAUGGUCCCUUGUUAGAUAUCAGACAAUUCACAAAGGGAGGCCAAGAUAUGUAUAUUAGAGUCUCUGCAUCUGAUUUAGUUCAGGUUGUGAAGAGAUCCAAAGGGCUUCAUGGGAAAAGGCUUAUUGUCACUUAUGUUUUGCCUAUUGCUGCAGUUCUUCUUGUACUCUGUUGGGUGAUGGUAAAACUCAGAAGAAAAGGUAAGAAAUCAGUGCCCAAGGAUACGAGUACUAGUUUAAAACCCUCGGAUUGGUCAGUUUUUGGGAAAGAUGAGGAUGAAACUGGGGAAUCAGAUGUGUUAGUGUAUGAUCUCAAUUCAAUUAAAGCUGCCACUGAUAACUUCUCUGAUGCCAACAAGCUUGGUGAAGGCGGAUUUGGUUCUGUAUACAAGGGGAAGUUUGAGAAUGGACUGGUUGUAGCAGUGAAAAGACUGUCAAAAACUUCUGGGCAGGGGACAAUUGAAUUCAAGAAUGAAGUUACACUUAUAGCAAGGCUCCAACAUAGAAAUCUAGUACGACUUUUAGGAUGUUGCAUUCAACAAGACGAAAAACUGCUGGUAUAUGAAUACUUGCCUAACAAGAGCUUGGACAGUUUCAUAUUUGAUAAAACAAAUAAGAUAUCUCUAGAUUGGAGCAAACGCUUUGAGAUCAUCUUGGGAAUUGCUCGAGGAUUGUUAUAUCUCCAUCAAGACUCUAGGUUGAAAAUUAUUCAUAGAGACUUGAAAGCUAGUAACGUUUUGUUGGAUGCCACCAUGCAGCCGAAGAUUUCUGAUUUUGGAAUGGCUAGAAUAUUUGGAGGAGACCAAAUCGAGGCAAAUACGAAUCGAGUUGUUGGGACAUAUGGCUAUAUGUCUCCAGAGUAUGCGAUGGAGGGUCAUUUUUCGGUGAAGUCUGAUACCUUUAGUUUUGGUGUUAUGUUAUUGGAAAUUGUGAGUGGGAGGAAAAACAAGAAUCAGUUCAAUGUAGGCUCUUUGAAUUUAGUCGGCGAUGUUUGGGAUUUCUGGAGGGAAGGAAGGCCGUUGGAUAUGAUUGAUCCAUCAUUGGUGGCAUCAUAUGAUGAACGGGAGGCUUUGAGAUGCAUCCAUGUUGGUCUGUUGUGUGUUCAAGCACUUCCUAAUCACAGACCGUUCAUGUCAGAAGUUGUUUUCAUGCUAAGCAAUGAAACAACACUUCCUCAGCCAAAUCCACCCGGGUUUGUAUUCAAUCAAGGAGUUCCUGCUCUAAGUUCAUCUUCAAUGAGUGCAGAAAAUCAAUCUGUCAAUGAUGUGUCGAUUACCAAAAUUGAAGGUCGGUAAAUAUUAGACUAAUUGCGUCCGUUGGGUGUGAUGAAAAAUGUAAAAUAUGUAAUGAUAUGUACAUACAUACAUACGUGUGUGUAUAUACACGAGGUAUUGGAAAAAAAAAUACAUGAGGUAUUGGAUUGUCUUCUAUUGUUGAACGAGAGAAAGUAAUCAAGGUAAAAAGACCAAAAUAUUGAGGGAGGUUUUAAAUGGCACCAAAAUAAUGUUUCAAAACUCCUUUGUGGUAACCUCCAGUUGUUUGAAAUUGCAAGUUCUGAGAUGUCCUCUGAUU